GGUGUUAUACUUCUCUUCUCUCUGUAUUAGAGAGCAAGCAAGCGAGCAAGCUUCAUAACCCCACCAUCUUCUCUCCUCUUUAUCUCCACCUUUCUCUCUGUAAUCAUUUAUAUAUAAUUUAUGUACACAUGAUGUGCCUGUUUUUGCCUUCUUCAUUCCGAUCUUUGCUGCUAAACUAAACCCUACUCUUAAUUCAACAACUAUUUUGCUUCAAUUUUGGUCUUACUUGAUGUUUCUAGACUGAAUUUUGGAUAAUUCAAGUCGUUUGAUGAUGGCAGCCGAGGGUGCAUUAUCCUUCUCGGUGGCAUCUGUCAUGGAAGAUGUUCUUCACCAGCAUGAUAAUCGACCUCGAGAUCUAGAUUUGGAUUCUCGUAGAGCUGAGGAAGCUGCAACAAGAAGGUAUGAAGCCACUGCUUGGCUGAGAAAAAUGAUUGGAGUUGUUGGGGCAAGAGAUUUGCCUGCUCAGCCUUCUGAGGAAGAAUUUAGGCUUGCUUUGAGAAGUGGACUCAUUCUCUGCUAUGUGAUUAAUAAGGUUGAUCAAGGGGCUGUGCCUAAGGUGGUUGAGAGUCCAUGUGAUUCAGCUGCUGUGCCUGAUGGAGCAGCUUUAUCUAUAUAUCAGUGUUUCGAAAACGUGAGAAAUUUUCUUGUGGCUGUGGAACAAAUGGGACUCCCUACAUUUGAGGCAUCUGACUUGGAGCAAGGAGGCAAAUCAUCUAGAAUAGUCAAUUGUAUUUUAGCACUCAAAUCCUAUAAUGAGUGGAAACAAACAGGUGGUAAUGGGGCUUGGAAAUUCGGUGGAAAUUUGAAACCCAUCACUUUUGGCAAGAAUUUCAUACGCAAAAACUCGGAACCAUUCAAAAAUUCCUUGUCAAGGAAUAUGUCAAUGAAUGAAACCUCCAUGAGUACUCAGUUAGUUGAAACUGAGAAUAGCAAAAUGCCUAAUUCAUCCUUAAAUAUGCUUGUCCGUGCAGUUCUAUCAGAUAAGAAACCUGACGAGGUUCCCAUGCUUAUAGAAUCAGUGCUAAGUAAGGUCAUGGAAGAGUUUGAGCAUCGCAUUGCCAGCCAAUUCGAAUUGAAAAAUGCAGCUGCUAAAGAUACCCCUACUGAAAACAGGACUCUUUUGAAGCACACUUCUAAUGAUACACAGCUGGAAGACAAAAAAGUCGCCAUUGUAGAGAAAGAGCAGAACUUUUGCAAGAACUCCAUCUCUGAUGAAGAAAGGAAAAGAAGACGGCUGAAAUAUCAAAUGGCUUUUGAUGGACAGGAAAGGAAUAUCAAGGAGCUGAAACAAAUACUCUCAACCACGAAAGCUGGGAUGCAGUUCAUGCAAAUGAAAUUCCAUGAGGAGAUUCAGAAUUUCGGUCUGCACAUUCAUGGUCUAGCUAGUGCUGCUUCCGGAUAUCACAGAGUUCUUGAGGAAAACCGAAAGCUAUACAAUCAGGUUCAGGAUCUUAAAGGAAAUAUUAGAGUUUAUUGUCGGGUAAGACCCUCCUUAGGAGGACGAUUGGACUCUCAGAGUGUUGUGGAUAACAUUGAAGAAGGAAUGAUUACCAUUAAUACCCCAGCAAAGUAUGGAAAAGGAUGUCGAUCAUUUAACUUCAACAAAGUAUUUGGGCCCUCAGCAACCCAAGCGGAGGUCUUUGCAGAUACUCGGCCCCUCGUUCGAUCUGUUCUGGAUGGUUACAAUGUCUGUAUCUUUGCAUAUGGUCAAACUGGAUCCGGAAAAACACAUACAAUGACUGGACCAAAAGAUCUUACAGAGAACAGCCAAGGAGUUAAUUAUAGGGCUUUGAGCGAUUUGUUUUUUCUCGCGGAACAGAGGAAGGAUACCCUUCAAUAUGAUGUCUCUGUUCAAAUGAUUGAGAUUUAUAACGAGCAAGUUCGGGAUCUGCUUGUUACCGAGGGUUUAAACAAAAGAUUAGAAAUCCGUAAUAAUUCACAGAAUGGAUUCAAUGUCCCGGAUGCUAGCCUGGUCCAUGUGGCAUCAAUGUAUGAUGUUAUUGAUCUGAUGAACCUAGGGCAUAGAAACCGUGCUGUUGGUGCAACUGCUCUCAAUGACCGUAGUAGUCGCUCUCACAGUUGCUUGACUGUACAUGUCCAAGGGAGAGACUUAACAUCUGGAGCUGUUCUCCAUGGUUGUAUGCAUUUAGUUGACCUUGCAGGAAGCGAAAGGGUCGACAAAUCUGAAGUGGCGGGAGACAGAUUAAAAGAGGCACAACAUAUCAAUAAAUCUCUUUCCGCAUUAGGCGAUGUGAUUUCUUCCCUUGCCCAAAAGAAUUCACACGUGCCUUACAGAAACAGCAAACUAACACAAUUACUUCAAGAUUCACUUGGAGGGCAGGCAAAGACACUGAUGUUUGUUCAUAUAAGCCCAGAACUGAAUGCUGUUGGAGAAACACUUAGCACACUUAAGUUUGCUGAGCGGGUCGCCACUGUUGAACUUGGUGCUGCCCAAGUACAUAAAGAUAGUUCAGAUGUGAAAGAUCUCAAAGAACAGAUUGCCAAUCUUAAGGCGGCUCUUGCAAAGAAAGAAGGAGAUCAGGAACACAAAGUAUCUGGAAGUCCAGCUGGCAAGCUAUCAUCCCUGUCCCAUUUUUAAUCUUUUUAGGUGGCCAAAAAUUCUAAGUUGAGACAGAAGACACAAAGUUUUGAUUUGGAUGAGCUAUUAGCAAAUUCACCUCCGUGGCCUCCAAUAAGCAGUCCUGGGGAGACGUAUCUCGAGGAUGAUAGAGACAUAGGAUCCGGUGACUGGAUCGAUAAGGUGAUGGUAAACAAACAAGAUGCAGCAGCACGAUGCUGGGAAGCAGAAAAUGCUGCUGGAAUGUCCGACGCAUUUUACCAAAAAUUAUACUCGGAACAAUCUUAUAACAACUUAUUCCAAGGAGGAAAUGGUUUCGACGUUGCCACUACUGAUGGUGCCGAUGAACUUGACGCUGCCACCAGCGACUCAUCCGAGCCUGAUCUACUUUGGCAGUUCAAUAGUUCCAAACAUCCAACCCUCACCAAUGGGACCAUGUCAAGAUUCAAUAAUAACUCAAAUGCAAAGCCAACAAAAAACCCAGAUAUGAGCAGCAGGUCAAUGAUCCCGAGAAUUGGAGGUUCGGCUUCACGGAAAGCAACCACUGUUGGUAGCCAGCCAAACCGAGGCGGGAGGCCGGUAACCGGUGUUGACAUGAAAAAGAAAAGUGGUAACAGAAAGUAGUAGUUAAAGUUGGUUGAUUUUUGUUUAAUUUUUAAUUUUUUUCCACAUAGAGAGUGAGAUUGAUGAGAGAGAGGGGUUACAAUUACAUAUGUUCUUUUUUUUUUGAACUGUGAAAUAGUUGUUGUAAAUGUGGCAACAAUACCAGUUGCUUGUAUUUGUUUGCUAUUGACCAAUUGUUUUCUUAAAAGUUACUAUGCUGUAU